CAACAGAACAGAACAGAACAGAACACGACAAGCGACUAGCAUGGCGCUCGGUGGACGCGCUCCGACUUGUCUUUGCUCGCAUCUCCUCCUCUUCGUUUAACUUCUAAAACCGCUACAACCUCAACGUGGACGCGCCAGAAGACAGAUUAAAACCUCCGGGAGACAUAGUAGAACACAUUUUUCGAUUUUUUUUUUUAAGAGGAAGAGGGGAACGACUAGUAGUAGUAGUAGUAGUAGUAAUAGUAGGGGGAAGCUUGCUAACUAGUAACGCUAGCCAUAACUGGGUGAUAAAGGACACAAGAGGUAGUCGAAGAGCUCAUGCACAGGCCAUGGCUGUAACCGAGGGAUGGGAGUGACGUGACGCGAGUGGAGUGAGCGGCAUGUUUCUCUGCUGAAGCGAUCAAAGCGAAGCACUCGCAACCAUGGACGAGUCAGUGCUGUUGGACCUGCUGGAGUGCCCCGUGUGCCUGGAGCGUCUAGACGCCUCGGCCAAGGUUCUGCCCUGUCAGCACACCUUCUGCCGACGCUGCCUGCAGGGCAUCGUGGGUUCCCGCGGCGAGCUACGCUGCCCGGAGUGCCGCACGCUGGUGGAGUGCGCCGUGGACGAGCUGCCCAGCAACAUCUUGCUGGUGCGCCUCCUAGACGGGAUCAAGCAGAGGCCACGCAGGGCUGCGCCCGCGGCCGCCAACGGCACCGCCGGAGCGGUGGCACGGGCGCACGCCGGCGGGACCCGUGGCGAUCAGGGCGCCCCUGGAGCCCAACCGCAACGGGCCCAGGCGAAGAGCACUCUAGUCCGGGGCAUGCCCCAGCUGCCGUGCGCCAAAGCACUCUACAACUACGAUGGCAAGGAGCCGGGCGAUCUCAAGUUCAGCAAGGGCGACGUCAUCAUCCUGCGCCGUCAGGUGGACGAGAACUGGUACCACGGCGAGCUGGGCGGCCUGCACGGCUUCUUCCCCACCAACUUUGUGCAAGUCAUCAAGCCGCUGCCGCAGCCGCCGCCCCAGUGCAAGGCGCUCUACGACUUUGAGCUCAAGGACAAGGAGGCCGACAAGGACUGCCUGCCGUUCGCCAAGGAUGACAUUCUCACUGUCAUCCGCCGGGUGGACGAGAACUGGGCGGAGGGAAUGCUGGGAGACAAAAUUGGAAUUUUCCCCAUCUCAUACGUGGAGUUCAACUCGGCGGCCCGGCAGCUCAUCGAGUCGGACAAGCCCUCCGACCCCAACGGCGAGCCGGGCGAGGGGGCCUCCUCGGGGCCCCAGAGCAACGGCGGCCAUCGGGACAAGAAGAACACCAAGAAGCGACAUUCCUUCACCUCCCUGACCAUGUCCCACAAGCCCAUGCUGGCUCCGCCCCCGCAACGCCACUCCAUGGAGAUCAGCGGCCCGGUGCUCAUCAGCUCCAGCAACCCCACCGCCGCCGCCCGCAUCGGCGAGAUCAGCGGGGGGCUUUCGUGCAGCGCGCCUUCACAGGUGCACAUUUGCACAACCGGACUGAUCGUGACACCGCCCCCGAGCAGUCCCGUCACCACGGCGACGGUCUUCACGUUUCCGCCAGAGACCAGCUACACACCCAUUCCACUGGAUGCUCUCCCGCCACGGCCGCCUCCUCCGCCGCAGUCGUCCGCCGGAGGCGCUGGGUACUCGCUGGUGGCGGGCCAAAGACCCUCCCCCAGCCUCGGCGACCAGGGCGGCAGACAAAGACCCACAGUCUAUGUGGCCAUGUUCCCCUACGCCCCCCGCAAGGAGGACGAGCUGGAGCUGAGGAAGGGUGAGAUGUUUCUGGUGCUGGAGCGCUGUCAGGACGGCUGGUUCAAGGGCACCUCCAUGCACACCGGCAAGAUCGGCGUUUUCCCGGGGAACUACAUGAGCCCAGUCAGCAGGACGGCGUCGGGGAGCAGCCAGGCCAAAGUGCCCAUGAGCCUUUGCACGCAGGCGGGCAGAGGGAUCACCAUCGUCAGCCCCUCGUCCGGCCACCACGUCGCCAUCGUGCCGGGCCCCGACGCCGCCAAACACCCUCACGCCGUGAACGCCGUCGCCCCUGCCGUUCAGCCCGCGGCGGCGGUAACGGCGGUGCAGACGGCCACUGGCCAGCAGCCCAAAGCGCCGCAACACGUCGGCUCGCAGAUGACGGUGAACCAGGCCCGCAACGCCGUCAGGACAGCCGCCUGCCACGGUCAGGACCGCCCCACCGCCGCUGUCCCGCCCAUCCAGUCGGCGCCGGCCGGAACCUACAUCCCGCACCUCAGCGCGUGCCCCCAGCCUUCCACUGGCCCCGCUCAGGGCUGCGCCCGGGCAUCGGCGGCGGCCCUGGGGUGUGCCGCCGCCUCCCUCACCCCGCCCAACGUCAGCGCCGCCUCCCUGGAGGGUGACGCCACGAGGCCCGCGCCCGUCCUCGCCGGCAACGGUUCCGCUCUCAGUGCCGCCGCCACCAGCGCGGCCCUCGCGUGCCGCUUGGACAAGGACAUGAAGAGAGAAAAGAAAAGUCUUCUGAAGAUGCUAUCCAACAAGAAGAAGUCUCGUCAGUCGCCGCCUUCCUCACCCACGCUGGAGGCGGAGCAAGCGGCCUCCGGGGAGUCAGCUCAAGGCGCCGCGGCUCCCGAGCCCUCCCUUCCCUCUGGCCAGGAUCCCGACCCCGGUGUCGCCGCCUCUCCAUCUCCAUCUCCAUCCUCAUCCUCGGCUUCCUCGUCUGACCCCUCCGUAGAUCGGAGGAACGCGGCCUUGGAUGGAGGCGCGCCUAUCGCGCCGCCCCCUCGCCAGCCGUGCUCCUCGUUGUCAUCGCUGCAGCAUGACGCGCGGCCCAUCAUCUGUGAGAGGUACAGGGUGGUGGUGUCGUAUCCGCCGCAGAGCGAAGCCGAGCUGGAGCUGAAGGAGGGCGACGUGGUGUUUGUGCACCGGAAGCGCGAGGACGGCUGGUUCAAAGGUACGCUUCAGCGCAACGGUAGGACGGGGCUGUUUCCCGGAAGCUUCGUGGACAGCAUCUAAAACUCUCCUGCGCAUACUACUUUUGUUUCAUUUUUUUUUAUUUUUUUUUUUUUAUUUAUACCCUUAAAUGUGUGCCUUGUACUGUUCAUCACUUUAUUGUACAUAAAGGACACAAAGGAUUUAGUUGCGGAUAAACAAUAUACAUUAAUAUACAGUAGAUAUGUUUUUGUUUUUUUUAACUUAUUUCAACAAAGACUGGCCUUUUUGGGGGGUGAAUGGUGGGGGGGGGGUAGUUCCAAGGGUUAAACUGGCACGCGCCCUCACUUGAUUGGCGGCAAUUUUGAAACGGGGUAGGCAGUACAGGUGCAUCUCGGUAAACUAGAACAUGCUGUACAAUGUCAUUUCCGUAGUUUAGGUGAAACUUAAUUAUCGAGAAAAUUAUUUUGAUUAUGAUUGACAUGCCUAACCUGCGUGGGAUAGGCCUGAGCCUUGCCUCUGCAAGUCAUCGACACCUCCUCUAAAACGUUUUCGAACUACCUAUAGAUGGCACAGGAUUCACUUCACUGUAUUUCCUCUGCAACAAGAUGGUGCCAGAGCACUACAUUUGUUUGACUGAAGCAUUUCAGUUUACUUCAACGUAGUUCCUUGAGACCACAUGGUGCCAAAGCACUACUUUUCACUAAACAUAGGUCCAUAGAUCAAAAUUUUUUUUUUUUUUUACAUUGUUCAUUGUGGAGUUUUUGGGCGGUAAAUUUUGAUCUAACUUCGAAAACCCCAUAUCAUUCACUAUCUCAAGAAAUGUGAGUAUUUCUCUUUGCGUUUAAUUAUUCUGAUGUGAAUAUUUUUAAUUGAACUCAACGGCGGCGCAGUGAUUAGCAUGUGUGCCUCACAGUUCUGAGGCGCCCGGCGUUUGAGUCUGUAUGAAACGUUUUACCGUGUUGUACUUUAUUGAGAUGCAACCUUUACACGUCCCGCCUUGAGAUUUUAUAAACAUAUCAUCAGAACCAUCGAAAAUUCAUCUGAGGUUGGCUUUCCAACCGUCAUGUUGGACGGCCUGGACGAGCCGUGCUGCUAAUCAAACGCACCCCGACGUAGCUCUGCUUCCCCAGAGUGACUUAACAUUUCAACAGUUUUUAUUUUCUAUUUGUGGUUUAUUAUUGUUAUACUGGGAGGGGGGAAAAAAAAAA